UGAAGUGAGUCAGUUAUUCCGUAUCGUGCAAGAGUGACGUUUGUGUGUUCCUGUGAAUUUAAUAUUUAUUAACAAAUUCGUGUGUAUUUCUGGAUAAACGAUGUCGGAUGAAAUUGCAGAAAAUGGCACAGCGAACGGAGACGUUCCAGAGAUUGAACUCAUCAUUAAGGCGUCAACGAUUGACGGCAGACGAAAAGGAGCCUGUCUCUUCUGUCAGGAAUACUUUAUGGAUCUCUAUCUAUUAGCAGAGCUCAAGACCAUCAGCCUAAAAGUAACAACAGUGGACAUGCAAAAGCCACCUCCAGACUUCCGCACCAACUUCGAGGCAACACAUCCUCCGAUCCUCAUCGACAACGGCCUGGCAAUCCUCGAGAAUGAGAAGAUAGAACGGCACAUCAUGAAAUCCGUGCCUGGUGGCCACAAUUUAUUCGUACAGGAUAAAGAAGUAGCGUCGCUGAUCGAGAACCUGUACUCUAAGCUGAAGUUAGUGCUGGUCCGCAAGGAUGAACAGAAAUCGGCAUCUCUGCGUGCACAUUUGGGACGUAUUGAUGGGUUGCUGGAACGUAGGGGGACAAGGUUCCUGACAGGCGACACCAUGUGCUGUUUUGACUGCGAGCUGAUGCCGCGCUUGCAGCACAUCCGCGUCGCUGGAAAAUACUUCGUCGACUUUGAAAUACCGACGAGUUUCCGGUCACUGUGGCGUUACAUGUAUCACAUGUACCAACUCGACGCGUUCACGCAGAGCUGUCCCGCUGACCAGGACAUUAUAAACCACUACAAGUUACAACAGAUAGCAACAAAAGGUUUACUAUCUCCAACAUUGACGCGGCAAAGAAAAGACGAACCAACUACGCCGGCUCUUAAAAUGAAGAAACACGAAGAGUUGGAGACUCCAACAUUCACGACGUCAAUUCCAGUUGACAUCAACGAUUCAAAUGCUGAAGAAUAAAGGGUGAAAUAAUAUAUGGAGCGAUAAAUGGCGUUACAAUUUGGUAUUUGCCAACAGCACAGAGAAAUCCAACUAUUGGAUUACAUAUUAAAAAUAAUUAUCAUGUGAUAUCCCACCCCACAUACCCUCGUCCAUCCAAUGUUUAUUUUAUAUUUUUAAUAAAGUACCAUUAGCAUUAUUGUUUGGACAAAUUGGUUGCAUUUGAUUGUUGUAGUAGCGAUAUAUGUGGCCAUUUAAGACGGGCAGAGGUGGCACAUACUUCAGAUUAAAUUAUUUUUCUAUUGUUAUUAGACAAGUUGAUUAUUUAGACUUAUUUAGUGUUCAAACACAACGAAAUUUGACAUAUUUUUAUUUUAUUUGCAAUUAUGCAGAUUAUUUUUGGACAUAAUUUAGUUUUAAGAAAUAUCGCCAUUUUUAUAAACCUCUGCCUUUAUCUUUGCUCUUGCCUCAUUACCUUCAUGAAGGUAGUUUAGUACUUAUUUUCUUGGUGAUAACCAUAUCCACAAUGACUAGGUUACUAAGUGCAGGGCUUUAAAUUUGUCCACUUAUUUAUGCAAUAGAAUAACCACUAUAUAUUUUUUGCAUAAAAACUAUGUAGUACACCUAUACAAGUACAUAUUACCUACCGAAGAAGGGCAAAAGAUAUCAAUCAUGUCAAUUGGACAAUGUAUAGGUAAAAUAAUGUUCUAGAUUGUAAUGUAAUAGUUAAGGAAUAAACCUGGAUAAAUAUUUUUUUU